ACCCCAAGCGCAUUACCUCCCGUCCCCUCAAGCCCAACCUACUCCUACGCCAGCACCGCAAAUCCUCUCUCCCAAUACAACCUCCCACCUCCCCCACCUCCCCGUCCGCCCUACUCCGUACUCUCAAAAUCCGACCUCGAAGCCUCGCAAACCGCAUACUCCGACCUCCUUUCCACAGCCAAAGCAUACCGCCUCGCACUCGCCUCUCUCUCUACUGCUGCGUCAACAUUCGGCUCGGCGCUCGAGGCAUGUGCGCGUUUAAAAGAAGCACGUUCCGAAUCCAUCGAAAGCCUAGACGGGGGAAUGAGCAAUUCGUUCAUGAGUGGAGGAAAAAGCUCUUGUACAGCGGAUAGUUUACUAGCUGCGAGUGGCGUGCACCAACUUAUCGCCAACCACCAGCAAAUUCUUUCCGAAACCGUAUAUCGAAGUUUCGAAGUCCCGCUUCUGCAUGAGUUGGAUGAAUGGCGGAGACGAAUGGAAGAAGAGGAAAUGAGCUACCAGAAAUCCGCGAAGACUCUAUCGAGAGAGAUACGGCGGAUGGAGAAAGAAGGGUUGAAGCUACACAAGCAACGGAAGAGAGACGUGGGUAAAUUCCGCGAGCAUCUUGUUGCGUUGACGGGGAAGCUGGAUGCACUCACUGGACUUAGCGGGGGACACAGUAGGGGCUUGUUGAGAGAUGGCCAGGGCAUGAGUAUGGGGAUUGUGGAGUGUUGUGCGGGAUUGGUGAGGGCGGAAGUUGAUAUUUUUGAGGCGUUGGCGAGGAAGGGCUGGAGUGGGGGUGGGCUUGAUGAACUUCUUGAGAAGGGGAGAGAUCUUUUCGCAAACGAAGAUGGCUCGGGACAUGAUCAUCCUAAUCACGGGGCCAAGAUCUUCAGCAUACUGCCGCAAAAUAGAUCGAUAUUAGCGGGUCCAGAUACGGGGGAGGGGCUCGGAGUCAAGCACCAGAGAUCAGAUAGUCUACUAGUUGAUGGAGCGGGAACCCAUUACCAGAGCUUAGCAGGCGCGGUGGCAAGAGAUACGGAUGUCAAUUCUUUGUGGUCGGAAAGAGGGAAUAGUCAUAUGAACACGAGCGGGGUAUUAAAUCGACCCCGAGGGGUUAGGCCUUUUAGUCCGACGCCU